AUGACCAUGUCUUCCGCUACCUCGCGCGUCUCAACCGCCCCUUCGUCCCCCGACCUCCGCGCCAUGGACUCGGGCUUCUCCAACCUCAACUUCAACAUUGCGUCUGGCGCCACGACGCCGGAACGCCCGUCAUCGCCCAUCAACUUCCCCUCCUCGCCCCUGCCCUCUGGUAAACACCGUAUCGCCGUAAUCGGCUCCGGGUCGUGGGGUACGGCGCUGGCCAAGAUCGCAGCCGAGAAUGCUCUCCGUCACCCAUCGCGAUUCCACUCCGAGGUCCGCCUCUGGGUUCGUCAGAAACAGGUCAACGGCAAGAAACUCACCGACGUCAUCAACAAGACCCACAUGAACUCCAACUACCUUCCCGGCGUCCUCCUUCCCGAGAACCUCGUCGCGACCCCCAAGCUCUCCGACGUCGUCAAGGACGCAACCAUCAUCAUCAUGGUCACGCCACACCAGUUCCUCCACACCGUCAUCUCCGAACUGACGCGUAUUCCGGGUACCAUUCACCCUGGCGCGCGCGUCGUUUCGGCCAUCAAGGGUGUCGAGGUCGAGGGCACCAACAUUUCGACUUUUGCCUCCUUGAUUGAAAAGGAGCUCGGUACGCCCUGCUCCGCCCUCUCUGGUGCGAACAUUGCCCUCGAGGUCGCCCAGGGCCAAUUCUGCGAGACUACCAUCGGAUGCCCAUCCUCCGACGACGCUAAACUCUGGCACGCCGUCUUCGACGCCCCCACAUUCCGCGUCAACACCGUGGAAGACGUCAACGGCGUCUCCCUCUCUGGUGCAUUGAAGAAUGUGGUCGCUCUGGCCGCAGGCAUGGUCGACGGUCUUCGUCUGGGUGGAAACACCAAGGCCGCAAUCCUCCGCAUCGGCCUACAGGAAAUGACCAACUUUACGCUCGAGUUCUUUGACGGCGUCCAGGCCGCCACGUUCUCCAACGAGUCGGCGGGCAUCGCAGACCUUAUCACAACCUGCUACGGUGGCCGGAACAGGAAGUGCGCCGAGGAGUUUGUCAAGACCGGCCACUCGUUCGAGGUCAUCGAGCGCCGCCUCCUCAACGGCCAGAAGUUGCAGGGCACCGCUACUGCCGAGGAGGUCAACCGUUUCCUCACGGCCCGUGGGUGUGCCGACAAGUACCCCCUGUUCGAAAAGGUGUUCAAGAUCUCGUUCGAGGGCAUGCCUCCCUCCCAGCUCGUCAAGGGGUUGUAA